AAAUACGCUAUUAUGCUAGGUUAAGUAGAUUGCAUUUAAGGACCAGAAGUCUGGUUGCAAAACUUUAUUAAUCAAUGUGGAGUGAAAACCAGUUGAUCCAAACAAGAAAAAAAAAAAAAAAGGUGGGAAACCAAUGUAUGAAAUACGUGUUUUGUUUAGUCCCCCUCGCCCCCCCCCCCCUUUCUCUCUCUUUGAAGAGGCCACCAGCGCUCUUCGGCGGGUCCACGUCGAGCUCCUCAUACACUAAAAAGAAAAAGACGCAAUCCAACGUCACAUACACAAGCCACUGAAGCGAGAGGCGUCGUUUCGACAAUGAAAAGGGUGCUUGUAUUCGCCACGGAAUCAACUCUUAGCCACAGAUGGUACGUGUGAAGAAUUCGAACCUGCUAGUUAGCAAAUUAAGGUACUCUGGCUUCCUCCCACAUUGUGAAAACAUGCAUUGAUGGCACUAACCUGUCUUUGGAUUUGCAUGGGAGUGUGAAUGAAUGCCGCGACCCUCGUGAGGAUAAGCGGCGAAGAAAAUGUAUGGAUGGAUGGUAAAUGGCUAGUUUAGGACAGAUGUGACCCAUUCAAUAUGGCGGAAGCGCCUGCGUAUCUCCGCUACGGGCCAGCUCGCUCAAGAUCUCGCGAGAGCUGCUUCCCUGGCUGUGACUGGUGGAGUCUUUGCGGUUUAGACUGAGGGAGAAGGCAGGCAGGCAGGCAGGCAGGCAGCAUCAUGGCGGACAGAGACAGUGGAAGUGAGCAGGGAGGAGCGGCCACGGGCCCAGGCUUCGGAUCCAUGCACUCGGCGGCGGGAGGGGCGGGCUCGGCUUCCGGCCUCCAGCACGAGACCCAAGAGCUGGCGUCCAAGCGGGUUGACAUCCAAAACAAGCGCUUCUAUUUGGAUGUAAAGCAGAACGCCAAAGGCCGCUUCUUGAAGAUAGCUGAAGUCGGGGCCGGUGGCAACAAGAGCCGCCUCACUCUUUCCAUGUCCGUGGCAGUCGAGUUUCGCGACUACUUGGGGGACUUCAUCGAGCACUACGCCCAGCUGGGUCCCAGCAACCCGGGCAUGGUGCAGGACGAGCCGCGGCGGGCGCUCAAAAGCGAGUUCUUGGUGCGGGAGAAUCGGAAGUACUACAUGGAUCUAAAAGAGAACCAGAGGGGACGGUUCUUGAGGGUCCGGCAGACCGUCAACCGGGGGCCCGGCUUGGGGUCCACGCAGGGCCAGACCAUCGCGCUCCCGGCCCAAGGACUUAUCGAGUUUCGCGACGCUUUGGCCAAACUUAUUGACGAUUACGGCGUGGAGGAGGAACCCGCGGAGCUGCCCGAAGGCUCGUCAUUGACUGUGGACAACAAGCGCUUCUUCUUCGACGUGGGCUCCAACAAGUACGGCGUGUUCAUGCGGGUAAGCGAGGUGAAACCGACCUACCGCAACUCGAUCACGGUGCCCUAUAAAGUGUGGUCCAAAUUCGGGAAUACGUUCUGUAAAUACGCCGACGAGAUGAAGAAGAUCCAGGAGAAGCAGCGCGAGAAGCGAGCGUGCGAGCUGGAGGAAGAGGAUGAGGAGGCGCAGGCGGACGAUGGAGACGAGGAUUGAGACAAGAGUCGUGGAAAUAACAAAUCUAACCAUUAACUCUACUGUAUAAAAGAAAGAAAUCUAACUGUAACGGUUUAACUCCAAGGGAGCAUCACCCACAAUAUAAGAAACCACCACAAGCUGACAGUUCUGACAUGUUGUCACUCAUCGCUGGAUGUUAGCCCACGUAUCCACCAUAAUACAGUAACUUGGCUGCUAAACAAAGUAAUAACAUGUUUGAACAUUGUUUCCUACUUGAAAAACAAUAUCGAGUCUUUAUUUCCCUUAUUAACAGAGUAAAACAACUUUUGUACCACUUAAAAAGCUAAAAACAAACGAAAAAAAAGUGUUUGCAAUGUUGGGAUCUGAGAGUAAGCAUUUCCUUUUCAUGUAAGCUAAUAACUUCAGCACAAAUAAGAUGUUUCCUUUUUUUCCAAAACCAAAAUUCAGAAAGUUUAUAAAAUGGGGAAAAAAAAAAAAAAGGUCACAUGUAUUAGCCAUCUUAUUUACCUGUGACUGUGUUUACACACAAUUCAAAUGAGGGCUAGGCCUACUUUGGAAACUGAUUAGAUGUCAUGCAGUUUUUCAAAAAGGAACAAGUGCUCUCUCUAUGUUGUGCAAUAUGCAUUGCAUCAAAAUCAAAUCAAUAUUGGUCAGUGGUUCUUGACGUGUUGUCCGAGGCAUUCAAAGACGUAAAUCUAAUCAGUUGAAAUUGUUGCCAUGCAAAAGGAUAUAUUAGACUGCCGCCGUGUGUUGUCGUUAAUGCAAAGUGUUGGGUUCAAAGGUACUAAAUGCAUAGUGAUGAAAUAACAUGUAGCAAAUGCAGAGAAGCGAACAAUUGCCCAGAACGUGGUUACAAAAUGUCCAAAUGGUGCCAAUUAAAGGCAUGCUGCCGCCGCAUGUUUGUCUGCACUUAAGUCGAUUGCGUUGGUCUCCCAAAAUAUUGUCUCGAGGACCCUUCCAUAUUUUGCCUGUAUUGCACGAAAGCUCAACUCCUUGGAGUACUGAGUGAUGUCCAUCCAAAGGCUUGGUGAUUUUGUAGUGAAAAUCAAUUGAAUACCAUCACAAUACCAGGGGAGCCUUUAGGUAAGGGUGCAUGCCUGGGUCAAAACUCCCAAUUCUGUGACCGCGUACCCUUCCUGAUGGGCUUCAGUUCUGGUUCUGUUAAAAUCAAUUGGUGGGAGGCUAAUAUGGACACAAGCCCUUUUUUUUUACACUGCCUGUAAAAGCUGGCAUUUUUCUGCCUUUGUUCCAUGUCAGCGUUCUGUACAAACAGUAAAGUAAGGGUGAAAGUCCAGUGAAUAUUCCACCUACAGAGGUUCUAUCGGAGGCCUAAUAGACGGGAAGCUGUCCGUGUGAAAGGCAAGGUUGUAACACCACGAGUGUUACUCUUGACAUCCACCUUUCAUUUCCGCUAUGUUGUGUUGAAAGCAGUUGUUGCUGUUCCACAAGUCCGGUGUGUCUCAAAAGUCACCCUGUACUUUUCUUUUCCAGGUCUCAAUUGGGACAGAUGUGAGGCCUUCAGCAUUUGACAGCUUAGGCUUUAAAUAUAUUACCUCGCCCGGGGUCUUAGCAGGUGACAUUGGAGCAGCGCAGCAAAAAAAAAAACUCUUUUGUCCCAGAUUGGAGUUCAAUGCCAGUUUGUUCGAAUGCUUCAGUCAGAAGCUCGUGAUGCUCAACAACCCGAACUCUGUACACGUAAUGAUGUAUCACUCUCAAAGCAGUGGUUAAAUUGAGAUUUUAUUGAUGCCGAGUUCUAGUGCACCCUUCUGGAUAGACCUUUCCUGGCUUUGUGCGAAUGCCUGCUCUCGGAGUUUGGUGUUUUCAACUCUGGUGCUAGUAUCAGGGCCCCUAUUUUGAUAGACAUUCCAUGGAUAGCGUACUAGCGUACUAGGCUUUGGAGCACUGGGAUUGCCCUAGAGCCUCCCAAACUGGUGCUGGUCCAGAAAAACUUCUUACCAGGUUACGCCAAGGGAAAUGAUGAUCUGCUUAAAAAAAAAAAAAAAAAAAAAAGUGCAAAGCCGAAGCUGUCAAAUGGUGAUGAAAAAUCACGUCUGUUCGAACGAAACCUAGAACAAAACGGGGGUUGAAUCAUAACUUUUGGGACACCCUGUAUUUUAUUCCAAACGUUGGCGUUUCGUAUACAUUUACCCGAUGCCUUGUAGCUGUGGAAAAGCACACAUAGUUGUGGCAAUGUCCUGCCUUCACUGGGUUUUGUGUAUUUACAAAGGCAGAUAAAUGUCGGAUCUUCUGUUACGGCUAUUUUGCGGGAUUACUGUGUAAAAGAGGCUUAAUGUUUCACUUUAGAUUGUUGUUGGCCCCAUAUCUUCCUGGGGGGUGAUAUAUUCGGGCUGCCACACAGAAAAACGACUGGCUCCCGUCCAGUUCUGUCGCAUCUCAUAGAUGUGUGAUAGCAGUUUUAUAAACUCUUUGCCAGUCACGCUAAGAGAAACUGGCAACAAUCAGAUCUAUUUACCUCAGCAUUGAGUUCAGUGUUUGCUUCCGUGAUGUUUAGAUUUGACUGGAAACCAGCAAACUAGACUGUCCUUGACCACCUAUAUAUGGUAAAAGCUUACUGGGAGCAUCCUCUUCAGCAUAUAAAACAACCUGGUGCCUUACACACUCCGCAUGCUUACACGCUGGCCUGGUGCUUUGGAUCGCAAGUUUGGCUUCUUUUUCGAUGACCGUUUUCUUCCAUUUUUGCGUCUCGGCCCAGACUCGUGGUGCUAAAAAAACAAAACAAAAACAAAAUACGGCUUUGUCCUUACUUCUUCCCCGUACCUUCAUCGUCACAUAACAUUAUUCCCCAGCCAUCCAGGUAUCGGCCUACAUGUAAACAUGGAAGGGGAGGGGGGGUCACCUCGAUGCAAGAAGAUGCAGAGGAGUAGCAACCAAGCACAUUAUAUAGCCGGAGGAGCAGCGGGCUGAAAUGAUUGGAAAUAUUGACAAUGAUUGGAAAAAGUUGUUGACAAGCCUCCAUCGCCGCCCCUCCCCCUUCACCUGCCUCUUUAUAUGCUCUGGCUUUUAGGUAGUCACGUAUGUUGUCAGUCGGUCUUAUCAACGGGGAGUAGCGCAUGUUUUUUUUUUGUUUUUUUUAAUUAUUUACCUUCUCAGCGUUAUUCCACUUGUAACUUUUGGAAUGUUUUCGCCCACAAAAAAAAUAUAUCUAUUUUUUAUGUGCAACAUUUCAUGACUGUGCAAUAUCGUAUGUGCCAAUUGUGGCAAUAUAUAUAUAUAUCAAUUAAAAAAUAUAUGAUUACUAUUUGAAAAAAAAUGUGGCUGAAUUCCAUGUUUAUUUCUAGCGACGGAGUUGUUAGCCGUUAUUUGCACUUCUCCCCAAAAAAAAGAGAGAAAAAGGAAAACUAUUGGAGGGGGAUAGUAGUCGAACGAAGGUCAUAACAGCCACUGGGUCAAAACAGUUCACGAUAACUUGAAACAACACCAAUGCCAGAACAGUAACAAGCGAUAAAAGAACAUGACACUUCUAAAUGAGGAAAAACAAGUAAACUGAACUCCUUUUUAACACAAGGUAAAAAAAAUGAAAAAAAAAGGUGCUUUAGUCCAGUAUUCAUUUCCAGUUUGGUGAACUGUCUUCAGUGGUUGUUGUAUGUAGCACUUUGCUUUGCCAUGCAGGUUUUAAAAUGCCUGAUCUAUAUUUUAAAAAGAAUGUCAUCUCUUUCAUUUCAUCUUUGUUUUGAUACAUUAGAUAUUGCGUAUGUAUAUUUGACAAAUCUUGAGUUCUGAUUUUGCCCGACAGAGUAAAUUUAUAUUCAAAAUAUGUAUUUUCAUGUUUCUUGUUGGGGGGAAAAAAAUACCAAACUGUUAACUACUCACUGAUUGGGGGGGGGGGGAGUGUAUUUGAUUUUGAUGUAGUAUUUGUCCACACUGUCUGACAUUUACAUCAAUACUAAUGACUAAAGCUUAAUUUUACAGCCUCAAAAAUGCGAAAUUGGUGACAAAACACCAGACAAUUACCCGUGCCGUCUAUUAAAGAGAAUUCUAGUACUGUAUGUGUAUAACGGGCUGUAAAAUAAAGCAUUGAUCUCUGAUCCUCAUGA